GAAGAUAACAGUGAACCGGACCCGGACCUUCCGAGCCGCUCGUCCCGUAGUAGGUCGCCUGUUGUCCGACGCCAUAGCUGCUAUCUGCGCGACAUCCGGCAAGCGAAGUUUUCAUUCUCCGUCAACUCUGCCGUCUUUGCUUUGCUGCGUGGAACCUACUGCCAUGGCUGGAGAUGAGGACCGAAGAUUUUCGGUAGUCGAAUUCACGUCUGAAGGCUGCAACGUAUCGAUAGUACCAAGCAGCUGGGUUCUUCAUUCAAAAAAGGAAUGCCUCUGGCCGCCAUUGAUGCGGGGUUCCUCUGUAAUGGACCUCGUCCGUGCUUGUUCCGAGCCGGGGCAAGGCUGGAAGAGCUACCCGGCAAACAUACUUGCCAAAUGCAAGACCUACAAGAAAGCCAGCAAAAAACUGGUGGAAGCCGAAGAAAAUUCAUGCGUCGAGAACACAGACGCUGGUGAGCAUGGAGACACAGACACCCCUGUAUUCAAUCGCUCCACCCUGAAGCGGACCUUGCCCACUCUGUCGCCUAGCCGGAUCGGUGCUCGUUCACAAUCCCUGCCCAGGCGCAGCCCUCCCCAGCAACCAGUCAGCAAGAGGAGGCUUUUCGAGCCCCUAGAAAACUCCACACCUCUCGUGCCCAGAAGCAGCCCCACCCAACAGCCAGCUUUUUUGGAGAUACCCGAGGACUCUAGCUCUCCUCUGCUUGAGAAUGGGUCCCCAAAAGAGCCAGCGUCUAAAAGGAGGCAACUGGAGACAACACGAAGUUCCAUGUCCACAUAUGAGCGAGAGCACAUGCGAGUGCUUCUGGAAGUACGGUUCGAGCUGCGGCAGCUCAAGGAUCAGGGAGCCAGCAUCGUAGCAAUGCAGCAGCAACUUCUAGCUCGGAUGGCGGACCUGGAGCAAGCCCAAAGGCACCCCGACUUGCCCGCUCCGCCAGCGAUAUUUGUCCUGCCGUUGUCUACGAUGGCAGAUUUUGAGAUGGCCGAAACUCGCCUUGCGAAUCCCGCUGACCAGGCUGUUCUGAAAGAGCAGCUCUCAAGCCUGGGGGGGAAGACAUUGGUGGAGGCUGCCCGCCGGACGAUGGAGAGGUUGAUGCGGAAAAAGGUCCAGGUCAACUUCAGCGUCUGUGGACGCCGUGGGCAGAAGCGGGCCUUCCGAGGCACGCACAUGUGCAGCGUGGCAGUUGCCAUUAUCACUAGCCAAGUUGCGGCCAAGAUGGUAGAUGUGGAAGGAGCCAUCGGCGACUAUCUGGCUGGGGCCCCGGAUCGAGAGGGGGGCAGAGCCGAAAGAAUGGCCAAGAAGUUCCUGGACCAGGCCAUCCUGUCAGCCCAGCCAAACGACCCACCUGGCAACCAGCCCAGCGCAUCAGGCCAAGGAGCUGGGCAACCAAUUAGCCUGCCAGCAGCCUAGCAAAAGAAUAAACUAAGGUCUUUGUAACGAA